AUGCAGAUCGGAAAGCCCAACUUCCAAAAUAAGGUGGAAGCACAGAAGGCUGAGUCGAUUCCGCGGCCCAAGCCGCCUGCGGCGAACGGCGACAGAGGCCAUGGCAACCUUGAAUCCGAAUAUGAUAUUCAGGUCUUGACUCCCAACCUGGUUUGA